UCGACUUUCUGCAUUGGCGGAGAUCCACUGAGGCGAUGGCCCGCAAAUCUCGUUCAGUUUAAUUGUGUCCGCUCCUCCAGUGCUCCACUGAUGAAGAUUUACACCAAGACAGGCGACAAAGGCACCUCCAGCCUCUACAAUGGAGAGCGACGUGACAAGGACGACAUGAUCUUUGAAGCCCUAGGAACCACCGAUGAACUGUCUUCUCAUCUCGGAUUGGCUCUGGAGUUCCUGGAAGAAUUGGAACAGCAUGAUCUUUACGAAAAGAUACAAAAAAUCCAGUGUUUGCUUCAGGAUGUCGGAUCCAAUAUCGCCACGCCUCGAGACCGUUCCAACGAGGUUCGUUUAGAGCGAACGAAAUUCAGUCAUGUGCAUGCCACGGCUUUAGAACAAUGGAUCGACGAAAUGGAUGCCGAGCUGCCUAAACUGACUCAAUUUAUCUUGCCUUCCGGUGGCAGGGCCAGUGCGAGUCUACACGUUGCACGCUCCGUGUGUCGUCGAGCAGAACGACGAGUCCAACCUUUGAUUCGCGAAGGUCUCUGUGACCCCGAGGUUGGCAUCUUCUUAAAUCGUUUGAGCGAUUUCUUGUUCAACUGCGCACGCUUGGCGGCCAAAAGACAAGGCAAAUCCGAGAUUAUCUACAAGAAACCAUAGAAACAUUCUUAAUUUGCAAUC